ACCAUUUACCCCCCCCCCCCCAGCCCCAAACACACACACUGUUAAUGAGCCUGUUAAUGAACCUGUUAAUGAACCCAUUUUCUCCUCUCAGCAAGAGAGAGAAGCAAAUGUUCUUUUAUUUUAUAGAGAAACUGAGACUCAGAGUUAAGUUGACUGCCCAAAGUCAUGGGGCUUUGUGGGGCGAGUUGAACUCAAGUCUUUAGGACUGACUGAUCUGUGUAAUGGUCUGACCAGGGUCCCGGUCCUUGCAAGAUGCACGUGCAGGAGACUUUGUACAGCUUCUACUCUUUGACCAUGCAGGGACAUAUCUUUUUGAGAACACCCAGCCUUCUUUAGUGUAGGUCCCAGCUACACAAGACUGUUACAGAGAGAGCCCUGCAGUCCCCAGUGAGCUGGCUCACGACUCGCGGGCCUAAGCAUUACAUAACCUGGAGGCGCCCCUCCUCCCCGCGCCCCUCACCCGUGGUCAAGCCCCCAGCGCAGAGCGGAUCCGGGGACAAAGCCCGUCCGCCGGCAGGGCAGAGUCACCCUCGGGGCUGCGGUGACUGAGAGCUUUGCUUCUCCGGGGCGGGGCGGUGGGAUCUCCCUAGUGACAGUGUCCGGCGGGCGCUGCCUGCGGGCCCCGGCCCCUACGGCGCCUCCGCCCUGUGCGCUCCUCCGCCCCUCAGCCGGGACCGGACUCCAGAGCCGUGGGAAGGGGCCGCCGCGAAGGGGACAUGUGGGCUCGCCGUCGCCAGCGUUGCAGCUGUCCCCGCGAGGUAAAAAUCAACAGUGGGUGAAGAUGUUGGAUCUACUGACAAUUUUUCCUUUUGAUACUAUGGGCAGUAACCCCUAUGCCAGGUAGCAUCCUGCACCAACUUUGACUAUCAACAGGAAGUUACUGGGUAGCGAACACUCAAGAUCACAACUUACUGCUGCAGUAACUUGGAAAGAGAAGAAAACCAGAAUUGAAACCAUGACGAAGAUAACUAGAGUCAGCUUGGCAUCCCCUCCAGAUGGAGGCUGGGGCUGGAUGAUAGUGGCCGGCUGCUUCCUUGUUACCAUCUGCACCCGGGCAGUCACCAGAUGUAUCUCCAUAUUUUUUGUGGAGUUUCAGACAUACUUUGCUCAGGAUUACUCCCAAACAGCAUGGAUCCAUUCCAUUGUAGACUGUAUGACAAUGCUCUGUGCUCCGCUUGGGAGUGUUGUCAGUAACCAGUUAUCCUGUCAAGCGGGGAUCAUGCUGGGUGGCUUGCUGGCAUCUACUGGUUUCAUCCUGGGCUCAUUUGCCACCAGCUUGAAGCACCUCUACCUCAGCCUGGGAGUUCUUACAGGUCUUGGAUUUGCACUUUGUUACUCUCCGGCAAUUGCCAUGGUGGGCAAGUAUUUCAGCAGACGGAAAGCCCUGGCUUAUGGGAUUGCCAUGUCAGGCAGUGGCAUUGGUACCUUCAUCCUGGCUCCUGUCGUUCAGCUCCUCAUCGAACAGUUUUCCUGGCGAGGAGCACUGCUCAUUCUUGGCGGGUUCGUUCUGAAUCUCUGCGUCUGCGGCGCUCUGAUGCGUCCAAUUACCCUUAAAGAGGACCGAUCAGUCCCAGAAAAGAAUCACAACCGUGAAUCUCAGCGAGAAGACUGUAAGCAAGCAUCUCCCUAUUCACCUUUGACCAAAGAAUGUACAGAGACCCGUCUUUGCUGCUCCUUGCAGCAGGAAUACGGUUUUUUACUGAUGUCAGACUUCGUCGUGUUGGCCGUCUCUGUUCUGUUCAUGGCCUACGGCUGCAGCCCUCUCUUUGUGUACCUAGUGCCUUAUGCUUUGAGUGUCGGAGUGAGCCACCAUCAAGCUGCUUUCCUCAUGUCCAUCCUCGGGGUAAUCGAUAUUGUUGGCAAUAUCACAUUUGGCUGGCUAACUGACAGAAGGUGUCUGAAGAAUUACCGAUAUGUUUGCUACCUCUUUGCCGUGGCACUAGAUGGGCUGUGCUAUCUGUGUCUUCCAAUGCUUCAAACCUUCCCCCUUCUUGUGCCUUUCUCUUGUACCUUUGGCUACUUUGAUGGAGCCUACGUUACCUUGAUCCCGGUCGUGACUGCAGAGAUAGUAGGGACCACCUCUUUGUCUUCAGCACUUGGCGUGGUCUACUUCCUUCAUGCAGUGCCAUACUUGGUGAGCCCACCCAUUGCAGGAUGGCUGGUGGACACGACGGGCAGCUACACUGCAGCCUUCCUUCUCUGUGGAUUUGCCAUGAUAUUUAGUUCCAUCCUGCUUGGCUUCGUUAGAAUUGUCAAGAGGAUGAAGAGAACACAAGUGCCUUUCCCGGUCAAAGACUCAGAUCCCAAGCUACAACUGUGGACCAAUGGAUCAGUGGCCUACUCUGUAGCAAGGGAGUUAGAUCAGAAAGAUGAGGAACCCCUGCCUAAAGCCAGGUCUGGUUGCAACCUCACGUGACAUCCCUGGGAAUCUUCAAGGCUGGUGGACCCCAGGCCACCAGGUUGUUCAUGGUCUGGAAAUAUUUUAUUUUGACAGAGUAUCACCUCCCAAGUAAAUUAUUAAUACUGUUUUGCUAACAUAUUUAUAUGGGGGAAAAUAACGAGCAACGAAGAAAUCUGGAGUAGCCUGGAGUUUUCUCAUUUGGGAUUUGUACUUACUUAGCUCCAGGGGAAAGUCAGGGCAUAGUUUAUGGGAUUAGCUGUAUUUCAAGGCAACUCCAAGGCAGAGGCCAUUGAGAAUGGGUUUUGUCAUAACAAAAUUGACCCCCACCACCUCAUUCUGAAUGGAAGCAGUGAGUAUGCUGGCAGUGGAGAUGCAGAGGUGGCUUGAGGGCAGAGUGCCUCAAUUUUUAGAGUGGCAAAGAAGUUCUUGAGACUCUUUGAAUGAUAAUGAUUAGUGUACAACAGAUGUUCUCUCAUCAGUUCCCUGCCUCUUCCAAUGGGCAUCACUUUGAGAGACCCAAGAAUCAUCAAACACCAUGGCUGGAAUGGACUUUAGAGGGUGGCUGGUGAUAAUAUUUGAUUUGAAACUGUCUUGUUGAAACAGGAAGCUCUUUUCUUCAGACUGUGCCCCCAACAUGCACCUCGGUCACUACCGCAUACUGACUCUAAAUGUAACAUAACUCAUUCAAUGGUGGAAUAACUGCUCCAUCUUUUCUGAAGGGAUUGUAACACACCAGAAAUCCUCAUCUUUUUUUUUUUUUCUUCAGAAAAAAAAAGUUCUAGUUUGAACUGUAGACACAUUCCUUUUAGGAACAGAAAAAUGUUGACAGUAUUCCCAUUGAGCAGUAAUUGAAUUCUUGAGUCAGCAGGUAUCUGGUGGGAGUCUUCCUUACAAAGCAGUCGUUAGAUUCAGCAUUAUCCAAAAGAGGGCUUGGGGGUUUUCUUAUCAUACAGAUGUUCUAAACAUGGCCUUCGGAGAUCACUGUGUCUCUUGCUAGAUGAUAGUUAUAAAUCUGACUCAUUGGCUUGGAAGCAUCUGCUCCUUCUUGAAAGCCAGACUUUCUUGGUACUUGGAAUCCUUUCUGAAUUUUUAGAUCAGAGGAGAGGACAAGGAGAAGAAAAAAAAAGAAGAGUGGGUCCCCCAUCUUAUCUCCAGCUGUUUUCAAAUCCACACAAUGAAGAUUCCUGAAUCCCCAGUCAUGUUCCAUCUGCAAAGAAGGACAAGUUACAUAAUUAAAGGACUUUUUUUUAGUUGUUCAAGAGGUUAAAUACAAGUCACAAGGAACAUUUUGAUCUCAAAGGCCAUGUAACCUACUGUCACCAAGAGGUCCCAGCGUGGCUUUAGCCAGACACAGUGCUGGGAGAAAUGACCAAGUUUUGAGGAAUGGCUGAAGUGGCUGAAUCCUCGUUGAACUGAAUAUCUUUAGGUUACUAUAUUGCUUUCAUAACGAGACUCUGGCUUGAUCCGAUGGAGAAAUUGAUACUAGUCCAUUGUAGCUUUUCACAGAAAAAUUUGAAUGUUCUGUCUUUACUCAGCCUGGGACUUUAGUUUUGAAUCCAUUCACUUAGUGAUUUGCAAUUUUAAAAAUACUUUGGGUACAACUUUAAAAAACUCAAAGUUAAAAUAAAAUACUUGUUUUGGAAUAGCACUUUACCUUAAGAGACAUUUUUUUAAUCAUAAAAAUGAUUUUUUAAAAAUAUAAUUACUCUUAUUUGUAUGUUUUAAAGCAUUGAUUAUAAAUUUUGUGGGAUUCUAUAAUAUAAUUUCUCUAUUGUGCUUAUGAAAAAAAUAGGAUAGUGAUCAAGGGUUUUAAAAUUUAUAUAAAAACAUUUUAGAUCUUUUGACUUUAUACAUGCAAUAAAUUUGCCUUCUAACUAUCUUGGGACAACAUUUUUGAAGAACCAGUAAGAAACACUGUAGAUCUUAGAGUUUACAGUUUGGUCAUCUGUACAACAUGUUACUAAAACAAUAUCUCCGUGUAUUUAAACAGUUGGUUCCAAAGCUAAGGGAAUGGGAUAUUUUGUGGAAUGGAGAAUAAACCUGUAGAGGAAUGAUUCUAUGCCUUAAAUAUUUUUUCACCCAACUGUAAGUUCUCCUUUGUAACUAAGUAGGAAAACGACAAUAUCUAACGUUUCAAUGUGCCAUUCUUUCUUUUGCUUAAAUUAGAAUUUUAUGAAUGAAUCAGAUGUGUAGGCUAAUAUUUUCCUAGUUCAAAGGCAAAAUAAAAUGGAUUUAUAGACAUGUA